GGAUCCACUGCAUUUGCAUCUCUGUAUCUAAAUUAAUCCAGUCACUUUUUUUCGAUAAGCAGCCCAGCCCGCCUCUCGGGGCGUUACCAGUGCCGCGCUCCGGAGUCGGGAUGAGCGCCAGCGCCGAGGUAGCAUCAGACAGCAUCGUCGUAUCAGGCAGUAACCCGAUGAGGAGGUCGCAUAUCGGGCUGCAGAACUGCGAAACGCCUUACCAUUUUGGAUUAAAGUCUCCUUCGGAUAGCUGUAUUUUACGAAAGGCACUAUGAGUGGGGUGGUUGGGAACCUAAGUCCUAAACAGGCCAGCGCCCUGGAACAGUUUCGAGAGCAGGUCAGUGACCUUCUUCCUCAACUGCCUGCACAGAAUGAUCACUUCCUGUUGCGAUGGCUAAGAGCCCGAAACUUUAAUCUUCAGAAGUCUGAAGCAAUGCUACGAAAGCAUAUGGACUUCCGGAAACAAUUGUAUGUUGAUAAAAUCAUAACUGAAUGGAGGCCUCCAGAGGUGUUGGAGAAGUAUCUCUCUGGAGCGAUGUGUGGUUACGACCGGGAGGGCAGCCCUGUCUGGUACGACAUCAUUGGCCCGAUGGAUCCAAAAGGUCUCUUCCUGUCUGCGGCCAAGCAAGACUUCAUCAAGUCCAAGAUCAGAGAUUGCGAGAUUCUGCAGAAGGAAUGUGACCUGCAAUCCCAGAGGCUGGGAAAGAACAUUGAAUCGAUCACCAUGGUCUUCGAUGUUGAAGGUUUGGGGCUGAAACACAUAUGGAAACCUGCCAUUGAUACAUUUUCAGAGAUCCUCCAGAUGUUUGAAGAAAACUACCCCGAGCGGCUGAAAAGGCUGUUUGUCAUCAAAGCCCCAAAGCUCUUCCCCGCAGCCUACAACCUCGUCAAGCACUUCCUAUGUGAGAACACGCAACAGAAGAUCUUCAUUCUUGGGGCCAACUGGCAGGAGGUGUUACAGCAGUACAUAGCCCCCGAGGACCUGCCCGCCAUCUAUGGGGGCAAGCUGACGGACCCCGACGGAGACCCGCGCUGUCGGACCCUGCUCCACUUUGUAGCCACAGUGCCCAAGUCCUACUAUGUUCGGGACCAAGUUCAGCUGAACUAUGAGCAGACAGAGAUGGUGAACCGUGGCUCGUCCCUGCAGAUGGAGUAUGAGAUACUGGCUCCUGGUUGUAUUCUCAGGUGGCAGUUUGCCAGUGAGGGGGCAGACAUUGGCUUUGGGGUGUUCCUCAAGUCCAAUAAAGGACAAUGGCAGAAGGCAUCACAGAUGACAGAGGUUGUUCAUAGCCAGCGCUACAACUCCCAUUUAGUGCCUGAAGAAGCCUCACUCACCUGUCAGCAGCCGGGAGUUUAUGUUCUCCGCUUUGACAACACUUACAGCCUCCUUAAGUCCAAACGAAUCCAGUUUACCGUUGAUGUCCUGCUCCCUGGCCAAUUGCAGUCCCCGAAGGCUGGUGGCAGUAUCCAAUCAGAAUCGGUGAAUGGGCUUGGCCGAGAAGAACCCAGAAAUCAGAUUGUUGUGGACCAGACUGCAUCCGCACAAAUGGCUUGAACCCCCUGAUACUUGAAUAUGAUAGGUCUUUUGUUGGCCCUUUCCAGAGACCCAAUCCACACACACUCCAAAUCCUAAAGACGUUGAUCUGAUAAAUAUAUAAUUCCAGUUGAUUAUAUGUGACCGAUUUGAUUGUUUGAGGAAAUGGAAUGUAUAGUUGAUAUACUCAGUCAGCAUUCAGUCAACUCAUAUAUUUUCCACCAACUCAUUUUGUCUUGAUAAUUUAUGUUCGAUAUUGACAUCGAUAAUAUUUUCAGAAUAUACAGUAUUAUUUUUGUUGAAACAUAAUUUAAAGGCAAUAUUGUACACUUUGUUAUUUAGGGUGCAGUUUAGGCUGUUAUUUAUUUUUAUUAAUGGCACUGUUAUGUGUUUGUUCUCUGAAAAUGUUUGAAUAUAGGUUUUAAUCUUGUUCAUCGAAUGAGAAUACUUGUACAGGGUACAGCACUGUAAAGUGCUGUACUGUUAAGUGAAACAGGCAUACCAAUCCAUGUAUAUGGCGGUAAUUAAUGGUAUGUAACGACAAUUAUAUUGUCGUUAUAUACAUUGUGCUCCCAUACAUGCAUGGAAAUGUGUGAAGGGUGAUUUAACAGAAACCAAAUAUGUGUCCAAUAAGAAUAGCUUUUAAAUACUGGUAUAAUUCGGGUCGAUAUCUAUACUGGGCUUCAUGUGAUUUGAGAUUGUGUUAUAUGUUAAUAGAUGCAAAAACAAGGAAAUCAAAUCAUGCACUGAAAAAUAUGUGAGUCAGUAUAUAAUUAGUAUACUAUUUCCGAGUUAUAAAAUAGCUAUUUUAUUAAAACAGCAUUGGUUGAAAGGGCCUUUCCAACCAUAGGUCAGAGUGAUUAUCAUUGUGAAAGAAUUUCUCGUCCACUCGAUAUUAUGCUCUUACUCCAUAUACAUAGCAAACAAAUUGUUUUAAUUGCUUCAAAUAUUUCAAGUUAGUAAGUUAUGUAUAAUGUUAUGUAUAAUUUCUGACAUGGCUGGACUAUGCACAGUAUAUAAUGUUCAAAUAUAAACGUGAAUAAAAACAUGAAAAAAUAUAUAUCUGAGUUAUUACGGUUAGGGUACCCUUUAUUGGGCUUAGGGGUCGCUAUCGCUCAUUAGCGACCACUAAAGCUCACAACUAUUAUUUCCUAAAAAACGGCAAAUAUUGAUGUUUCAUAAGUUAUGUAUACAGGAAUUGUCUGUGUCAAACUUAUUGUUUCAUAGCCUUACCAUGGUACACGCAUUAACGGGCUUUAGAGGAAGCAGACAGUCGUUAGAGAUAUUUAAUCUUGAUGACGAUAUAGCCUUUUGUCUGUAUUUAUCUUCCGCUUUUUAGCAGACAGUCGUUAGAGAUAAUUAAUCUUGAUGACGAUAUAGCCUUUUGUCUGUAUAUUUCUUCCACUAUUUUGGUAAAUAGGCUAUUUUAUUUGUGUUCAUUAUAAUCUUUCUCUUGUUUUGUAUUUUGCAACAUCUCUUAGUCGUCCUUCAGUUGCUCUUGCUACACCUAUAGUCGACGAUAUUCAAUAUUCACUCCUAUGUUGUUUGCCUGCUGAAUGCAAUUUAUUUGCUUCUCAAACGUUUUAUUCUCCUUUCUGCGUGUAGCGUCAUAGAUCCGUAGCGACCACAAGGGGGCGCACUGCAUUCAUGAAAAGUGAGGCAUUUCAUUGAAGCAAGUAGAGAAUCUCUCUUCCAACCUGUUGCACCGUUUUCCGUUGUCCUUUGUCCUUUAUACCUGCUACACAAUAAAACAAUGUUUGGAUAAGAAUAUCAACUUCAAUUUCAUUAAUCUUCUCGUUUUUACAUAAUCGUAUAUAUUCUACAAAUAUUUGACCAUGACAUUUC